AGUUUGGGAUUACGUUAUAAAGCAGUAGUAUAGCAGGGUUUGACCAUAAAGAGUUGUUCAGGCUGCCAGAUAUGGUGCGUUGGGGGCCAAGACGAUUCGCUACAUAGCUACGUUUUGGUAUAGGUAGGCUGCCUGAGUUGAUGCUCAGCUCCGUGAAGGCUGCGUGGAUGGACUAGAUGCACACCGAGCGCAUGGUAAUAGAGCAUACGCCCCUGGGCCAGUCUGCGGUUCUUCCCAAAUUGAUUCUGCCGUCCCCCCCAGAACCAAUUUUCUUUAGCACUCUCCCUCAUUGAAUUUUGAAUCCUAUAGGUUAGGCUAUUUUCUCUUAUUCAACUACUUUCCUGCAAAGUUUAUACCUUCCGUAGCAACGAUGAAUCGGUCAAUCCAUUCGCGAGAUAUUCAAGGGUAUGAAAGCCAUGAAGAACGUGAUAAUAACAAUCAACAAGGGCCGCCAGUGCCUCCUCGGUCUGGAAAUAAGCUUUCCAGAAAAGGCAUGAGAAGAAUUACAGAUGAUGAGGUAGUUGAUGGUAGAGGGUCGAAUGAUGCGUUCAUCAUAGACGAAUCAAGAUACCCAGCUCACCCACCAGGGAAUGGCCAAGGUCAACGGGGCCAACCCAAGCGUAGUAGUCGUGAUACUUCUACACAGGGUACUGGAAACUCAUUUUCAGGUUUUCGUGGCAUGGUUGACCGUCUUAACUGGGGCGGUCCUUCUCCGGCGGACCUCGCGUGCGAGGAACGCUUCGAUAAACUGGAAGCGAAGUACCAUCAGACCAAGGAAAAGAAUAAGAAGCAACAGAUAGAAAUGGAACACCUUCAGAACCAGGUCCAAGCGCUGGAGGAGUCAAAUCAAAUCAUCAAAAGACGCAAUGACAAGCUGCAGGGCUACGUAGACAAUAGAGAGUCUGCCCUAGGGUAUCAGGAGUCUGACGAAGCCAUCACUUCCAAGUUCCGUAGCUUGUACCAUCAAAUCAGAACGUGGUCCAACAAGUUCUGCGUCAACAGCGACAAGCCUAUCAAACUAGCAUUUCCCGACGAAGAGCAGUUCAAGCUUCUUCAACGCGUGCUUCCAAUGAUGAGCAACGUCGAAGACUGGGCUACCUGUCUCUCCGAUAGCAAGCGGCGACGGAAGUUCGUUCGUGGCUGGGUGGCGUUAAAUGUCACCGAAACUAUGUUUCGAACGUUGCCAUCCAAGAGUUACCAGUGGGAUUCUGGUACCGAUUAUUGGAUCCCGGAACAGACACGUCGGGGACUGGUAGAUGUAGAAAGAGCCUUGUUGAACUCAGGACAUUCCAUAACACUGAGCAACUUCCACCAGUGGCGCGCAAUUACCAUGGCGCUCCUCGCCAAGACAUACCCUAACUUCACCGAGGAAGACGUGAUGGCAGAAAACGCAGCAGCCGUGAUGAAAGUCAUUAGUCCUCUCGGGCACGAGCACGAUACCACCCAGCGGCUGAUCGAAAACGUCUACAAGCCGGCGCUGGAGCUCUCCCGCUUGCUCAGGCGUCAACGCGCGUCGUGGUCGGUACGUUUCCCGGCUACGAGGCAACAGCCCGUCCCUGGCGGCAAUGCAGCUGCGAUGCCCACCGCGCUGAGAGCCAUCUUCGACGAUGCUAUUAUGAAGGACAUGGAUCUGGACGAGGAGGAGACCCCGUCGUCAGAUCAAUACUGCCAUAAAUACGUCGAGAUCAUCGUCGGGCCGGCCCUGUUGAAAAGCGGGAACAUCGAUGGGGAGCAGUAUGAUAUGGAGAAUGUGAUGGAAAAGGCUGAGGUGUCUUGUGCGCCGGCGCAGUCUUAGUUUCUACAUGAUUAUGCCUCGUAUGGCGCCAAUGGAAUAACUUAUGUACCUAGGUAGACUACGUGUCUAGGUUAGGUUAGGUCUAGGUAGUCAUUUGUAACAAAGUUAUCAUAUAGGCACUCUUGAUUUCACCUAUCCGAGAUAGAACUUAGUGGUAUGAUGUUAGAUUAUAAGACUACGUCAACAACUAUGCACUCAC